AGCAGAGCUUCUUUGUAACUUCCGUUCCGGCUCGUGUGACGUUUGCGGAAGCUGUAAGCAUCAUGUCCGUUUGUUUCAACUGAGAGCGGACUGCUGUUGUUAUUUAUGCUUCAGUCCGAACAAUUCAGAAAGUGUUCAGCUGAAGCGCCUGUGUUCAUAAUGACGUCCAUCGUCAACGACACGGCCGAGGCUGUGGAUCUGUGUCCGGAAUACAACCUCUACCUGAAGCCCAUCGCCAAAAUGACCAUCAGCGUGGCUCUUCCUCAUCUGAAGAUGCCGGGCAAGUCCAUCUCCAACUGGGAGGUGAUGGAAAGGCUGAAGUCCAUGGCACAGCCGGACCAGUUCUCCUCGCUGCGCAUCUCCAAGAGCACCAUGGACUUCAUCCGCUUCGAAGGUGAGGUGGAGAACAAGAGCGUGGUCAAGCGCAUCCUGACCAAACUCGAGGGAAAGAGCAUCAAACUCAGCGGAUUCACGGACGUCCUGAAGGUGCGCACGGCCGAGAACAAAGUCGACUUCCCGACGCGCCACGACUGGGAUUCCUUCUUCCGGGACGCCAAGGACAUGAACGAGACGGUUCCCGGAGAGCGGCCGGACACCGUCCAUCUGGAGGGGCUUCCGUGCAAGUGGUUCGCGCAGAAGGACGGCUCUCCCGACAAGCCUUCGGAGACGGUGCUCAAAACCGUAUUCGAGCGGUUCGGCAAGAUUCGGAACGUCGACAUUCCCAUGCUGGAUCCCUACCGUGAAGAGAUGACUGGGAAGAACUUCAACACGUUCUCGUUCGGAGGACACUUGAACUUUGAAGGAUACGUGCAGUAUCUGGAUCACACGGGCUUCGUCAAAGCCAUGGACUCUCUGAGAGGGAUGAAACUGAUGUUUAAAGGGGAUGAUGGGAAGGCGGUGGCCUGCAGUAUUAAGGUGACCUUUGACACGACGAAACACCUGAGUGAUUCCUCACUGAAGAAACGACAGCAGGAGCGACUGAAACUCCAGGAGCUGGAGAAACAACGAGAGGAGCAGAAACGCAGAGAGAAAGAGGAAGAGGAGCGGCGGAAGGAGGAAGAGAGAAAACAGCGUGAGCAGGAGGAGCAGGAGAAGGAGAGGAGGAGGGAGGAGAAACUGCGCAAACGAGAGCAGAAGAUAAAGGAGAAAGAGGAGAAGAAGAACCAGAAGAAGAUGAAGAAGCAGCAGGAGGAAGAACAGAAGAAGCUGCACCUGAAGAUCGCCAUGGAGGAGAGGAAACUGCUGCUGGCUCAGAGGAACCUGGAGUCCAUCCGGCUCAUCGCCGAGUUACUGAGCCGAGCAAAGAGCCUGAAGCAGCAGCAGCUGGAGCAGCAGAGGGCGGAGCUGGCGCGGCUGCAGCAGCUGGAGGAGCGCAGACGGCAGCAGGAGGAGGAGCUGCGGCGCGUGGAGGCCGAGAAAGCGCGCGCGCUGGAGCUCCAGAGGAAAGAGCGCGAGCUGCGCGACAGACUGCUGGGAAACCUGCUGAAGAAGAGCACCAACACAGACGGCCAGGACGAGAACGCUCUCACCUGCGACAACACCGUUAUCGACCUGGAUCUUCAGAUCUGCGACGCGCCGGCGCAGGUGAACGGCGUGUCGCCGAAAGCGGACGAGAUAAAUCCGGCAUCCCUGGUGAAGCCGGACAACCAGGACAGCAAACCGAAGAAACAGGAGAACGUUGAGGACCAGAAAGUCGCAGCCGACAGCGACAGACGUGAGCGCAGCAAUCACGCGCGGCGCCGCAGCAGCGGGAGGCGCAGUCACAGUCGGAACGGACGGAGGCGCGGCCGCGAGCGCAGCGGCAGUUGCAGGAGGAGCAGGAGCCGAACCACGCGACACAGGCGUCACGGAGCGAGUCCGGAGCGCCGCAGGAAGUACAGUCACGGCCCGAGCAGCAGCAAAAGUCGCAGCAGCAGCCGCAGUCGCAGGGGAAGCAGCAGCAGGAGUCGCUCGUCCAGUCGAGGACGUGGACGACACUCGCACCACCGCUCCAGACGAUACUGACGAUACUGAGAGAAACAGAAGAAGAAAAACCUACAGUGUGACAAACACGUCCUGGUCACAUUCACCACAAAAUACAAAGGAAAAUAAGAAAUUAUCUUUUGCUUAAAGAAAAUGAGGCCUGCUUUAGGAUCAAUAAGAUUUUAUUUUUAUUUUUCCCAACAAAUUGUCUUUUUCAUAAAGAACAUGAAGCCUGAUUUAGGAUCAUUAAUAUUUUUAUUUCAAUUUUUUAAUUUUUCCCACCAACAAAUUAUAUUUUUUUUAUAAUGAAAAUUGGGCCUGUUUUAGGAUUUAUUUUUAAUUUUUUUCUGUUUUAGGAUAUUUAUUUAGUGUUUAUUUUUGUUGUUGUUUUUUACAGCAAAUUAUAUUUUUCAUAAAGAAAAGAAGUUUUAAGAUCAAUAAUUAUUUUUAUUUUUCCUUGCAAAUUAUUCAUAAUGAAAAGUAGGCCUGUUUUAGAAUUGUAUUUUUUAUUUUUCCCAGAUUUUUUUUUCCCCCAACAAACAAACAAACAAACAUGAAAUCUGAUUUAGGAUCAUUAAGAUUUUAUUUUAAAUUUGGUUAUUUUUCCCCUUUUCCCCAUAAAUUUUUUCAUAAUGGAAAUUAGGCUUAAUUAAUUCAUUUUAAAUAAUUGUUUUUUCCCAUAAAAAACAUGGUAAUUUAAUUAAUACGAAUCUUUAAUUUUUUCAUUAUUUAUUUUAUUUUUAUUUUUUGCAGCAAAUUAUAUUUUUCAGAAAGAAAAGUUUUAGGAUCAAUAAGUUUUAUUUUUAUUUUUUCAACAUUUUUUUAUUUUUCCCAGCAAAUUGUUUUCAUAAUGAAAAUAGGCCUAUUUUAGAAUUGUAUUUUUUAUUUUUCCCAGAUUUUUUAUUUAUUUAUUUAUUUUUUCAUAAAAAACAUGAAACCUGUUUUAGGAUAAUUAAGUUUUUAUUUUUCCAUUAUUUUUAUUUUUAUUUUACAGCAAAUUAUAUUUUUCAUAAAGAAAAUGAGUUUUGGGAUCAAUAAAAUUUUAUUUUUUAUUUUUCCUAGCAAACCAUUUUUUCCCAUAAACAUGAAGCCUGUUUUAGGAAUCUGACCAUUACGAUUUUUAUUUUUAUUUUUAUUUCAGGUUAUUUAGGAUUAUUUCAGUUGAGCACAUUUUUCCCUCAACUUUUCAGCAUAAUAUCUGUAAUGCAUCCAUAUAUUAUAUAUACAUAUAUUUUCCUUUUUGAAUUUGUGAUUCUCAUUAGAUUCUUUAAUUUUUUUAAUAGUACAAUUUACUGAAUUGCAGCAUAAAUUAAAAGCAGUACAAAAAAUAAAUACCAUGAUGUAUAACUAAUGUAUUAUUACUAUUUUCUAUCAAUUUUUAUUUCAAAAUAAUGACACCCACAAAACAAUCCCUAAAUAUUGUCUCUAAUUAUAGGCUUCAUUUUCUUUAAACAAAUAAUUUCUCUCUCUCUCUCUCUCUCGAUUUUGAGGUGAAUGAUGACCUGGACGUGUUCUUGAUCAGUUUGUAAGAUUCACUGCUUGAAUUAAACGCUACAGUAUCUUGACCUUAUUUGACUGUAUUUUUCCCAUUAGUAUCACGUUUUAUUGUCUAAGUUUGCCUUACGAAGACUGAAGCUUUGUUAUAGUCUGUGCCACAGAUUUCUUUAGGAUUGUUUGGUUCAGCGUUAUUAUUCUCCAUAGACUACAAUCCUUGGUUUAUGACUUGAAUUUGACUUUGUUGAAAGAGUUUAUGAUCUGUUUAUUUCAAGCAUCUCAAUGCAGUUUUAUAUAGGACUCUCAACCCUUGUAGAAGUUGGAUGGAUAGCCGUCAUUUUUUACCGGGGAAUCCAACUGUUUCCUCGGCACAAGCACAGUACUUGAUUGAGGUUGAAAACGCACAUGUAAAGUCAUUACAAACACUGUUUUAUGGCAGAUGCACCACUGAAGGACGUGUUUGUAAUUCGUAUUAACUCAAGUUACCUUCCUGGCAGGUCUCAAUAAAGCAGUGCUUUGGAUCCUA